AUGGCCAUUGGCCGGAGGAAGCUGCCCCCGCUCUGGGCCCUGGCUCUUGCCCUGGCCUAUGCCCAGCACACAGGUCAGGCCCAGGAGGGCUCUCCGCAACCCGGCCAUGAGCACAGCCCAAACCUCCCUCCCCACUCACUGGGACCGGCUGGUGACCCACUCCUCCAGGUGACCAUGAUCCCACCUCUGAGGACCAUCCCCGUGGUCCAAGCCUGGAGCCCGGCGCACAGCGGGCGGGUGUGCAGCACCUGGGGCGACUUCCACUACAAGACCUUCGACGGCGACAUCUUCCGUUUCCCCGGCCUCUGCAACUACGUGUUCUCUGCCCACUGCGGAGCCGCCUACGAGGACUUCAACCUGCAGCUGCGCCGCAGCCGUGAGGCCAACGUCACCACACUGAGCAGGGUCCUCAUGAAGCUUGACGGCCUGGUCAUCCAGCUGAACAAGAGCUCCGUCCUGGUCAACGGCCACCCGGUCCAGCUGCCCUUCAGCCAGUCGGGGGUCCUGAUGGAGCAGAGCAGUAGCUACCUGAAGGUCACAGCCAGGCUGGGCCUAGUCUUCAUGUGGAACCAGGACGAUGACAGCCUCCUGCUGGAGCUGGACACCAAGUUCGCCAACCAGACCUGUGGGCUGUGCGGGGACUUCAACGGCGUCCCUGUGUCCAGCGAGUUCCUCUCCCACGAUGUCAGGCUGACCCCCAUGGAGUUUGGGAACCUGCAGAAGAUGGAUGGACCCACGGAGCAGUGUCGGGACCCUGACCCUGACCCUGCACCCCAAAACUGCUCCGCCAGCUUUGGCAUCUGCGAGGAGAUCCUGGGAGGCCAGCUGUUCUCGGGGUGUGCAGCCCUGGUGGACACCAGCAGCUACGUGGAAGCCUGCCAGCAGGACUUGUGUCGCUGCAAGCAGGCUGACCUUUCCCACUGCAUCUGCCACACCCUGGCCGAGUACUCGCGGCAGUGCGCCCACGCCGGGGGGCUGCCCCAGGACUGGAGGGGCCCCGACCUCUGCCCGCGGACGUGUCCCCUGAACAUGCGGCACCAGGAGUGUGGCUCGCCCUGCGUGGACACCUGCUCCAACCCCCAGCGCUCCCAGCUCUGCGAGGACCACUGUGUGGCCGGCUGCUUCUGCCCCAAGGGGAUGGUGUUUGAUGACAUCGGCCAGAUGGGCUGUGUCCCUGUGUCCCAGUGUUCCUGCAUGUACAAUGGGACCUCCUAUGUGCCCGGAGCCAACUACUCCACGGACUGCAGCAGGUGCACCUGCUCCGGAGGCCGCUGGCACUGCCAGGAGCUGCCGUGCCAAGGCAGCUGCUCCGUGCUGGGAGGCUCCCACUUGUCCACGUUCGAUGGGAGGCAGUACACGGUGCACGGGGACUGCAGCUACGUGCUGACCAAGGCCUGCAACAACAGCGCCUUCACGGUGCUGGCGGAUCUGCGCAGGUGCGGACUGACGGAGAGCGAGACCUGCCUCAAGAGCGUGGUGCUGAGCCUGGCCGGGGGCCAGACGGCUGUGGUGGUGAAGGCCAGCGGGGAGGUGUUCGUGAACCAGAUCUACACGCAGCUGCCCGUGUCCACAGCCAAUGUCACCCUCUUCAGACCCUCGACCUUCUUCAUCAUCGCACAGACCAACCUGGGCCUGCAGCUGGCCAUCCAGCUGGUGCCCAGCAUGCAGGUGUUUGUGCGGCUGGCCCCGGAGCUCCGGGGGCUGACCUGCGGCCUGUGUGGGAACUUCAACAGCAUCCAGGCUGACGACUUCAUGGCCCUCAGCGGGGUGGUGGAGGGCACGGGGGCCGCCUUCGCCAACACCUGGAAGACCCAGGCUGCCUGCCCCGACGCCAAGAGCAGCUUCGAGGACCCCUGCUCGCUCAGCGUGGAGAACGAGAAGUAUGCCCAGCACUGGUGCUCGCGGCUGACGGACGCAGACGGCCCCUUCGCCCCAUGCCACGCCACCGUGAGCCCCAGCACCUACUACUCGAACUGCGUGUUCGACACCUGCAACUGCGAGAAGAGCGAGGACUGCCUGUGUGCGGCCCUGUCCUCCUACGUGCAGGCCUGCGCGGCCGAGGGCGUGCUGCUGCGCGGCUGGAGGGCCGGCGUCUGCGUGAGGCCCACGACCACCUGCCCCCAGUCCAUGACCUACCAGUACCACAUCAGCACCUGCCCGCCCACCUGCCGGGCCCUGAGCGAGGAGGACGUCACCUGCCAGGUCAGCUUCGUCCCUGUGGAUGGCUGCACCUGCCCGGAGGGCACUUUCCUGGAUGCCUCGGACAAGUGUGUGCAGGCUGCCAGCUGCCCCUGCUACCACAGGGGCUCCGUGGUCCCCAACGGCGAGUCUGUGCACGAGAGUGGGGCCGUCUGUACCUGCACUCAGGGGAAGCUGACCUGCAUCGGAGGCCCAGCGCCCGCCCCAGUGUGUGCCGCGCCCAUGGUCUACGUCGACUGUCGCAACGCCUCGGCCGCGGACCGCGGGGCUGGCUGCCAGCAGAGCUGUCACACCCUGGACACGGCCUGCUACAGCCCCCAGUGUGAGCCAGGCUGUGUGUGCCCGCCGGGGCUGGUGGCUGACGGGAGCGGGGGCUGCAUCGCGGCCGAGGACUGCCCCUGCGUGCACAAUGGGGCCAGCUACAGGCCCGGGGAGACCAUCCGGGCAGGCUGCAACACCUGCACCUGUCAGAACAGGGUGUGGCGCUGCACGGAGGAGCCCUGCCUGGCCACCUGUGCCCUGUAUGGGGAUGGCCACAUCCUCACCUUCGACGGCCAGCGCUACACCUUCAGUGGGGACUGCCAGUACACGCUGGUGCAGGACCACUGUGGCGGCAAUGGCAGCACGGAGGACGCCUUCCGUGUGGUCACUGAGAAUGUCCCCUGUGGUACCACGGGGGCCACUUGCUCCAAGGACAUCAAGAUCUUCCUGGGGAGCUUUGAGCUAAAGCUGAGCAGCGGGAAGGUGGAGGUGGCCCAGAAGAGCGCAGGACAGGAGCCGCCCUACACCAUCCGCCAGAUGGGCAUCUACCUGGUGGUGGACACUGACGCAGGCCUGGUGCUACUGUGGGACAGGAGGACCAGCAUCUUCCUGAGACUCAGCCCUGAGUUCAAGGGCAGGGUCUGCGGCCUGUGUGGGAACUUCGACGGCAAUGCCCUCAAUGACUUCACCACACGGAGCCAGGCCGUGGUGAGCGACGCGCUGGAGUUUGGCAACAGCUGGAAGUUCUCCCCGUCCUGCCCGGACGCCCUGGUGCCCAAGGACCCCUGCACCACCAACCCUUACCGCAAGGCCUGGGCCCAGAAGCAGUGCAGCAUCAUCCACAGCGCCACCUUCGCCACCUGCCACUCCCACGUGGAGCCGGGCACCUACUACGAGGCCUGCGUGGGCGACGCCUGCGCCUGUGACGCGGGGGGAGACUGCGAGUGCUUCUGCACCGCCGUGGCCGCCUACGCCCGGGCCUGCCACGAGGCCGGCGUGUGCGUGUCCUGGAGGACGCCCGACGUCUGCCCGCUGUUCUGCGACUACUACAACCCCCAGGGCGGGUGCGAGUGGCACUACCAGCCCUGCGGGGCCCCCUGCAUGCGCACCUGCAGGAACCCCAGUGGGCGCUGCCCGCACGAUCUGCAGGGCCUCGAAGGCUGCUACCCCAAGUGCCCACCGACAGCUCCUAUCUUUGACGAGGACAGUAUGCAGUGCGUGGACAAGUGCCUAACCCCGACGCCCCCAGCGCCCUGCCGCAUCCACGGGAAGUCCUACCGGCCGGGCGCUACGGUGCCCUCCGACAAGAACUGCUACUCUUGCAUCUGCACCGACAGAGGCCUGCACUGCGCCUACGACCCUGGUGCCUGCGUCUGCACCUACGACGGGCGGCACUUCCACCCCGGGGACGUCAUCUACAACACCACAGACGGCAUGGGCGGCUGCAUCUCCGCUCUCUGCAGGGCCAACGGCACCGUGGAGAGGAAGGUCCACGCCUGCAGCCCCACCACCCCCGGCCCCCCAACCACCUUCUCCUUCUCCACGUCCCCACACGCCACCAGCUCCAGGCAGAGCCCGGGCCCCACCCGGAGCACCGUGCGCUCGGCUCCUGUGGGCACAGCCUCAUCCCCAGCCACAGGCACGUCCCCGGGGAGUACACCCGCCACAGCCACCACCUGGUCCUCCCCACCCUGUGGGGAGAAGUGCCUGUGGUCCCCGUGGCUGGACGUCAGUCGCCCGGGGCAGGGCGUGGACAGUGGGGACUUCGAGACGCUGCAGAACCUCCGUGCCCACGGGUUCCGGGUGUGCCGAGCACCGAGGGCAGUGGAGUGCCGCGCUGAGGACGCCCCUGCCGUGCCCCUCCAGGCCCUGGGGCAGCAGCUGGAGUGCAGCCCCGCUGCAGGGCUGACCUGCCACAACAGGGACCAGGCCUCAGGGCUCUGCCACAACUACCAGAUCAGGCUCCUGUGCUGCAGCCCCCUGGCCUGCCCCACCCACCCAGGCAGGUCCAGGACAACCCUCACUGGGGCCCCCUCCCCAGAGGGGCCAUCCCCGGCCCCUCCUGUGGCCACCACGGGCCCAGGCACCAUCCCCACCGCCAGCGCCACACUGCCCACACCUAGGGCUACCCGUACCUCGACACCUGUCCACACAUCGCUCUCGACCUCCAGCCCGACUCAAACGCCCAAAACCACUUCAGGAGCCACCUCUGUGUCGGCAACUCCCCCAGGGACCUCCCAGGUCACGGCUCUGCCGACCCUUGGGACCAGCACGGUGAGCUGUGCUCGGGAGUUCUGCCACUGGACCCAGUGGAUGGACGGCAGCUACCCCGGGCCCGGGAGAGACAGUGGAGACUUCGACACCUUCUACAAGUUGCGCUCCCUGGGAUACAAGUUCUGUGAAAGGCCCACCAGGGUGCAGUGCAGAGCCCAGUUCUUCCCCGACACGCCGCUGGAGGAGCUGGGGCAGCAGGUGACCUGCAACACCAGGGAGGGGCUGAUCUGCCUGAACAAGGACCAGCUGCCGCCCAUCUGCUACAACUACGAGAUCCGGAUCCAGUGCUGCGAGCUGGUGGACUACUGCACAAGCACGGCCCCGGGGACCCAGGCACCCGCCUCCACACACCCCAAGCCUACCACAAAGACCAGCGGGACCCAGGGAAGCCAGGUCCCCUCCACAAGGUCCACCGUCCACUCCACACCAGUGCACACAAGCAGUGUGACAUCAGUGGGCACCAGGGUCAGCCCGCCCCCGAGCACGGACUGCCAGCCUCAGUGCUCCUGGACCAAGUGGUUUGACGUGGACUCCCCGGACCCCGGACCACUCGGGGGAGACGCGGAAACCUACAGCAACAUCCUCAGGAGGGGAGAAAGGCUCUGCCGCCGGGCUGAGGACAUCACGCGGCUGGAGUGCCGAGCCGAGAACCACCCGGAGGUGAGCAUCGAGACUCUGGGCCAGGUGGUGCAGUGUGACCCCGAUGUGGGCCUGGUGUGCCGGAACCGGGACCAGGAGGGGCCCUUGGGGACGUGCCUCAACUACGAGGUGCGCGUGCUCUGCUGCCACACCCCCGAGGGCUGCGGAUCCACGGUCCCGGUCACACAUCCCAGCACCUCGAGAGAGACCCUGAGCAGCCGGGCUCAGAGCACCUCCUCGGUGCACACAGUCAGCCCAACCUCCUCAGGAAUAAUCAGCUCCACCUCUGUGCACACAGUCAGUCCAACCUCCUCAGGAAUAACCAGCUCCACCUCUGUGCACACAGUCAGUCCAACCUCCUCAAGGGAAACAAGCUCCACCUCUGUGCACACAGUCAGCCCAACCUCCUCAAGGGAAACCAGCUCCACCUCUAUGCACACAGUCAGCCCAACCUCCUCAAGAAUAACCAGCUCCACCUCUGUACACACAGUCAGCCCAACCUCCUCAAGGGAAACCAGCUCCACCUCUGUGCACACAGUCAGCCCAACCUCCUCAGGAAUAACCAGCUCCACCUCUGUGCACACAGUCAGUCCAACCUCCUCAAGGGAAACCAGCUCCACCUCUGUGCACACAGUCAGUCCAACCUCUUCAGGAAUAACCAGCUCCACCUCUGUGCACACAGUCAGUCCAACCUCCUCAAGGGAAACCAGCUCCACCUCUGUGCACACAGUCAGCCCAACCUCCUCAAGAGAAACCAGCUCCACCUCGGUGCACACAGUCAGUCCAACCUCCUCAAGGGAAACCAGCUCCACCUCUGUGCACACAGUCAGCCCAACCUCCUCAGGAAUAACCAGCUCCACCUCUGUGCACACAGUCAGCCCAACCUCCUCAAGGGAAACCAGCUCCACCUCUGUGCACACAGUCAGCCCAACCUCCUCAAGGGAAACAAGCUCCACCUCUGUGUACACAGUCAGUCCAACCUCCUCAAGGGAAACCAGCUCCACCUCGGUGCACACAGUCAGCCCAACCUCCUCAGGAAUAACCAGCUCCACCUCUGUGCACACAGUCAGUCCAACCUCCUCAAGGGAAACCAGCUCCACCUCUGUGCACACAGUCAGCCCAACCUCCUCAAGGGAAACAAGCUCCACCUCGGUGCACACAGUCAGCCCAACCUCCUCAAGAGAAACCAGCUCCACCUCGGUGCACACAGUCAGCCCAACCUCCUCAAGGGAAACCAGCUCCACCUCUGUGCACACAGUCAGCCCAACCUCCUCAGGAGAAACCAGCUCCACCUCGGUGCACACAGUCAGCCCAACCUCCUCAAGGGAAACAAGCUCCACCUCUGUGCACACAGUCAGCCCAACCUCCUCAAGAGAAACCAGCUCCACCUCGGUGCACACAUUCAGCCCAACCUCCUCAAGGGAAACCAGCUCCACCUCAGUGCACACAGUCAGUCCAACCUCCUCAAGGGAAACCAGCUCUACCUCUGUGCACACAGUCAGCCCAACCUCCUCAGGAAUAACCAGCUCCACCUCUGUGCACACAGUCAGUCCAACCUCCUCAAGGGAAACCAGCUCCACCUCUGUGCACACAGUCAGCCCAACCUCCUCAAGGGAAACAAGCUCCACCUCUGUGCACACAGUCAGCCCAACCUCCUCAAGAGAAACCAGCUCCACCUCGGUGCACACAGUCAGCCCAACCUCCUCAAGGGAAACCAGCUCCACCUCGGUGCACACAGUCAGUCCAACCUCCUCAAGGGAAACCAGCUCCACCUCUGUGCACACAGUCAGCCCAACCUCCUCAAGAAUAACCAGCUCCACCUCUGUGCAUACAGUCAGCCCAACCUCCUCAGGAAUACCCAGCUCCACCUCUGUGCACACAGUCAGCCCAUCCUCCUCAAGGGAAACCAGCUCCACCUCUGUGCACACAGUCAGCCCAACCUCCUCAAGGGAAACCAGCUCCACCUCUGUGCACACAGUCAACCCAACCUCCUCAAGAGAAACCAGCUCCACCUCUGUGCACUCAGUCAGCCCAACCUCCUCAAGGGAAACAAGCUCCACCUCUGUGCACUCAGUCAGCCCAUCCUCCUCAAGGGAAACCAGCUCCACCUCUGUGCACUCAGUCAGCCCAUCCUCCUCAAGGGAAACAAGCUCCACCUCUGUGCACACAGUCAGCCCAAUCUCCACCUCCACCCCCACAACCAGCCCCGGCCACACCGCAGCACCUGGAAGCUCACCCUCCCCGCCCCCAAGCACAGACUGCCAGCCUCAGUGCUCCUGGACCAAGUGGUUCAACGUGGACUCCCCGGACCCCGGGCCACACGGGGGAGACACGGAAACCUACAGCAACAUCCUCAGGCGGGGAGAAAGGCUCUGCCGCCGGGCUGAGGACAUCACGCGGCUGGAGUGCCGAGCCGAGAACCACCCGGAGGUGAGCAUCGAGACUCUGGGCCAGGUGGUGCAGUGUGACCCCGACGUGGGCCUGGUGUGCCGGAACCGGGACCAGGAGGGGCCCUUGGGGACGUGCCUCAACUACGAGGUGCGCGUGCUCUGCUGCCACACCCCCAAGGGCUGCAGAUCCACGGUCCCGGUCACACAUUCCAGCACCUCGAGAGAGACCCUGAGCAGCCGGGCUCAGAGCACCUCCUCGGUGCACACAGUCAGUCCAACCUCCUCAGGAAUAAUCAGCUCCACCUCUGUGCACACAGUCAGUCCAACCUCCUCAAGGGAAACCAGCUCCACCUCUGUGCACACAGUCAGUCCAACCUCCUCAGGAAUAACCAGCUCCACCUCUGUGCACACAGUCAGCCCAACCUCCUCAAGAAUAACCAGCUCCACCUCUGUACACACAGUCAGCCCAACCUCCUCAAGGGAAACCAGCUCCACCUCUGUGCACACAGUCAGUCCAACCUCCUCAAGGGAAACCAGCUCCACCUCUGUGCACACAGUCAGCCCAACCUCCUCAGGAAUAACCAGCUCCACCUCUGUGCACACAGUCAGCCCAACCUCCUCAAGGGAAACAAGCUCCACCUCUGUGCAUACAGUCAGCCCAACCUCCUCAGGAAUAACCAGCUCCACCUCUGUGCACACAGUCAGUCCAACCUCCUCAAGGGAAACCAGCUCCACCUCUGUGCACACAGUCAGCCCAUCCUCCUCAAGGGAAACCAGCUCCACCUCUGUGCACUCAGUCAGCCCAACCUCCUCAAGAAUAACCAGCUCCACCUCUAUGCACACAGUCAGCCCAACCUCCUCAAGAAUAACCAGCUCCACCUCUGUGCACACAGUCAGUCCAACCUCCUCAAGGGAAUCCAGCUCCACCUCUGUGCACACAGUCAGCCCAACCUCCUCAGGAAUAACCAGCUCCACCUCUGUGCACACAGUCAGUCCAACCUCCUCAAGGGAAACCAGCUCCACCUCUGUGCACACAGUCAGCCCAACUUCCUCAGGAAUAACCAGCUCCACCUCUGUGCACACAGUCAGCCCAACCUCCUCAAGGGAAACCAGCUCCACCUCGGUGCACACAGUCAGCCCAACCUCCUCAAGGGAAACCAGCUCCACCUCGGUGCACACAGUCAGUCCAACCUCCUCAAGGGAAACCAGCACCACCUCUGUGUACACAGUCAGUCCAACCUCCUCAGGAAUAACCAGCUCCACCUCUGUGCACACAGUCAGUCCAACCUCCUCAAGGGAAACCAGCUCCACCUCUGUGCACACAGUCAGCCCAACCUCCUCAGGAAUAACCAGCUCCACCUCUGUGCACACAGUCAACCCAACCUCCUCAAGAGAAACCAGCUCCACCUCGGUGCACACAGUCAGUCCAACCUCCUCAAGGGAAUCCAGCUCCACCUCUGUGCACACAGUCAGCCCAACCUCCUCAGGAAUAACCAGCUCCACCUCUGUGCACACAGUCAACCCAACCUCCUCAAGAGAAACCAGCUCCACCUCGGUGCACACAGUCAGCCCAUCCUCCUCAAGAGAAACCAGCUCCACCUCGGUGCACACAGUCAACCCAACCUCCUCAAGGGAAUCCAGCUCCACCUCUGUGCACUCAGUCAGCCCAUCCUUCUCAAGGGAAACAAGCUCCACCUCUGUGCACACAGUCAGCCCAAUCUCCACCUCCACCCCCACAACCAGCCCCGGCCACACCGCAGCACCUGGAAGCUCACCCUCCCCGCCCCCAAGCACAGACUGCCAGCCUCAGUGCUCCUGGACCAAGUGGUUCAACGUGGACUCCCCGGACCCCGGGCCACACGGGGGAGACACGGAAACCUACAGCAACAUCCUCAGGCGGGGAGAAAGGCUCUGCCGCCGGGCUGAGGACAUCACGCGGCUGGAGUGCCGAGCCGAGAACCACCCGGAGGUGAGCAUCGAGACUCUGGGCCAGGUGGUGCAGUGUGACCCCGACGUGGGCCUGGUGUGCCGGAACCGGGACCAGGAGGGGCCCUUGGGGACGUGCCUCAACUACGAGGUGCGCGUGCUCUGCUGCCACACCCCCGAGGGCUGCUCUUCGACCCCGGCCCCCAAGCCCUCCUCUGCAGCUGUGACGUCCGCGUGGCCGCCCAGCUCUGCCGUGUCCUCCACCACCCGCUGCUUCUGCAGUGUGGCCGGCCACCUCUACCCGGCAGGGUCCAUCAUCUACCGCCGGAGAGACCUCUCUGGCCACUGCUAUUACGCCCUGUGUAGCCAGGACUGCCAGGUGACCAAAGGGGUUGAUUACGACUGUCCUUCUACCACACGGCCCCCCACGCCAGUUUCGUCCCUGUCGACGUCCACCUCUGAGACAGGAUGCCCAAAUGUGCUUCCCCCGAGAAAGAAAGGCCAGAGCUGGGCCAUGCCGAACUGCACCCAGGCCACCUGCGAGGGCCAUGGCGUCAUCUCCCUGCGUCCACGCCAGUGUCCGGCGCUGAAGGCACCCACCUGCGCCAACGGCUACCCGGCCCUGAAGGUGGCUGACCAGGACGGCUGCUGCCAACACUAUCAGUGCCAGUGCGUGUGCAGCGGCUGGGGCGACCCCCACUACAUCACCUUCGACGGCACCUACUACACGUUCUUGGACAACUGCACCUACGUGCUGCUGCAGCAGGUGGUGCCCGUGUACGGCCACCUCCGGGUGCUGGUGGACAAUGACUUCUGUGACCCGAAGGACGGGCUGUCCUGCCCGAAGUCCAUCAUCGUUGAGUACCACCAGGACCUCGUGCUGCUGACCCGCAGGCCGGUCGGCGGGGUCAUGACCAACCAGAUCCUGUUCAACAACAAGGUGGUCAGCCCUGGCUUCCAGAAAAACGGCAUCGCUGUCUCCCGCGUGGGCAUUAAGAUGUAUGUGACCAUCCGGGAGAUUGGGGUCCAGGUCAUGUUCUCGGGCCUCAUCUUCUCGGUGGAAGUGCCCUUCAGCACCUUCGCCAACAACACGGAGGGGCAGUGUGGUACCUGCACCAACGACAAGAGGGAUGAGUGCCGCCUGCCUGGGGGUGCAGCGGCCACCUCGUGCUCUGAGAUGGCAGGCCACUGGAAGGUGGACAUCCCCGGUCAACCAGGCUGCCACGGGCCUCCCCCAACACCCACCCCGGUCGCACACACAACCACUCCCGUCCAGUGCCCACCGUCGCCACUCUGCGAGCUGAUUCUGAGCGAGGUCUUCGAGCCUUGCCACAGCACCAUCUCCCCACAGUCCUUCUACGAGGGCUGCCUCUUCGACCACUGCCACAUGACCAACCUGGACGUGGUGUGCUCUGGACUGCAGCUCUACGCCGGGCUCUGUGCCUCCCAGGGCGUGUGCAUUGACUGGAGGGGCCAGACCCACCAAGCCUGCCCGUUCACCUGCCCAGCCAACAAGGUGUACCGGCCCUGCGGCCCAUCCUACCUCCCCUACUGCUAUGGGAAGGACAGCACCAGCUUCCUGGCCCUCCCGGAGGCUGGCCCCAUCACGGAGGGCUGCUUCUGUCCGGACAGCAUGAUGCUUUUCAGCAGCGACAGCCAAGUCUGUGUGCCUGCAAACUGCAGCUGGUGCCUGGGGCCCCAUGGGGAGCCGGUGGAGCCGGGCCACACCAUCAGCACCGGCUGCCAGGAGUGCACCUGCAAGGACGGCUCCCUGAACACGACCUGCCGCAGAAAGCCAUGUCCCCUGCCCCCCGCCUGCCCCUGGCCCGGCUUCGUGCCUGUGCCCACAGCCCCAGAGCCUGGCCAGUGCUGUCCCCAGUUCAGCUGCGCCUGCAACACCAGCUACUGCCCCGAGCCCCUGGACUGCCCCAGCGGCUUCCACCUGGUCCUGACCCACGAGGAGGGGGCCUGCUGCCCAAGCCAGAACUGCACCCAGGCAGGCUGCAAUGUCAACGGGACCUUCUACCAGCCUGGCGCUGUGGUCUCCUCCAGCCUGUGUGAGAACUGCUGGUGUGAGAAGCCCAGCAGUGCCCUGUGGGGCAGCUUUCUGGUCAACUGUGAGACGCAGAUCUGCAACACCCACUGCCCCCUGGGCUUCAGGUACCAAGCUCAGAGUGGGCAGUGCUGUGGACAGUGCGUGCAGGAGACCUGUGUCGCGAACACCAGCCGAGGCCCUGACGGCCUCUUCUACCCUGGUGAGUCCUGGUCAGACCCUGGGAACCGCUGUGUAACCCACCGGUGUGAGAAGCACCAAGACGGGCUUGUGGUGGUGACCGUGGAGAAGCAGUGUCCCUCGCUCAGCUGUGCCCGGGACCAGGCCCAGAUGAGCUCUGAUGGCUGCUGCCUCGUUUGUCCACCCACUGGUAAGAGGGCAUAGACAUCCUGCGGGCUCCGCCACCGGGACCAGGUCAUCCGGCAGGGGGCCUGCAGCUCCACCCGGCCUGUGCGCCUCUCCUACUGUCAGGGGGACUGCGGGAACAGCACCUCCAUGUACUCCCUGGAAGCCAGCGCGGUGCAGCACAAGUGCCGCUGCUGCCAGGCGCUGCGGACCUCACCGAGGAAGGUGAGCCUGGGCUGUCCCGACGGCUCCAGCCGGACCUUCCGCUACGUCCAGGCCGAGGCCUGCGGCUGCCUGGGCCAGCAGUGCCACUCACCAGGUGACGCCAGCCACUCAGAGUCAUCGGAGUCUGAGUCCAAGGAGAGCAAAGAGCAGAGCUCAGAGUCAGAGAGCAGUAGCCGGGAGGGGCCACUUGGUCCUCCCCAGUGA